AUGGCUAGUUCUUUGGCGUUUUAUGAAACUGUGGAUGGUUACAUCACGAUAUGGCUUUACGUGAACUAUUUUGUGCCGGGAAGAUUGAAACUUCACACGGAAUUAUAUGAAAUAAACGCAAAUGAUUUGAGAAAAUUCGUCGAUCAUUCGGUGUAUGAACCCGAGCUUACCGAAGGUUCUAGAAGAUGGCUUAAGGAAGGACCUAGAAGAUGGCUUCAGAAAAGCGAAAUGCCCUUCCCAGGUUACUGUAGGUCCCCGGCAAGUGGGAAAUGUUUACCAGUUUUAUGCAACUGUGAAAAACUCGAGGAAAUAUGGGAGAAAAUUAAGAAACGUCAACCAUACGCAGAAAGAAAAUAA